AGGUAGGGGUGACAGCAGUCAGCCAACAAGCAGAAUCAGCUUCAGCUUCUCAUUUGUGGAACUACUGAGGUUCAGCCAGCGCAACCAUGAAGGUCACAUUUUAUGAGGACAGGAACUUCCAGGGUCGCUCUUAUGACUGUAUGAGUGACUGUGGUGACUUCUCCUCCUACAUGAGCCGCUGUCACUCUUGCAGAGUGCACAGUGGAUGCUGGAUGAUGUACGAUCAACCCAACUACAUGGGAAAUCAGUAUUUCUUUAGAAGGGGAGAAUAUGCUGAUUACAUGUCUAUGUUUGGAAUGAGCAACUGCAUCAGGUCCUGCCGUAUGAUCCCCAUGCACAGGGGAUCCUACAGAAUGAGGAUCUACGAGAGGGAUAAUUUCAUGGGUCAGAUGUAUGAGAUGAUGGAUGACUGUGACAACUGCAUGGACCGUUAUCGUAUGCCUCACUGCCAGUCCUGCCAUGUGAUGGACGGCCACUGGCUCAUGUAUGAGCAGCCCCACUACAGAGGCAGGAUGUGGUACUUCAGGCCUGGAGAGUACAGGAGCUUCAGCAAUAUGGGUGGCAUGAGAUUCAUGAGCAUGAGGCGUAUCAUGGACUCCUGGUACUCUCCAGGCCUGAAGUACCACUGCCUGCCUCUGUAGUGGGGCUGCUCAUAC